AUGGCGUCCGCUUUGGAGAAUCUGGAAACUCAACUGGAGCUUUUUAUCGAAAAUGUGCGACAAAUACGUAUUAUAGUGAGCGAUUUUCAACCCCAAGGGCAGAAUGUACUGAACCAGAAGAUUCAAAGUUUAGUUAACGGCUUACAGGAGAUUGAUAAGCAAAAAUCCCAGGUGCAGGAAGUUCAUGUGCCACUGGAAGUAUUUGAUUACAUUGAUCAAGGCAGAAAUCCUCAAUUGUAUACCAAAGACUGUAUAGAAAAGGCUCUGACAAAGAAUGAACAAGUGAAGGGAAAGAUUGAUGCCUAUAGGAAAUUCAAGGCUAAUAUGUUGGUGGAGUUGAAUCGAGUUUUUCCAAACGAAUUAGCCAAGUACAGAGCAAUUCGUGGAGACGAAUAAGACAAUCUAGUUUUAUGGACCAGAUUUUGACAAGUAAAUGGUUCUUUAUACAAGCUGCCACAAUCUGUAACUUGUUUUCUUACAACUUUUCUAUAUUGGUUUAAAAUAUGUACUGUCUAAAUAUAUUUAAUAUUCUUUUCUUGUA